AUGGUGUCGCAAUCAUUCACGGCAGCAAAGCUUCUAUGUGCUGUCCUGAAAGACUUCUUGGAGGAGACAAAAGAGCCAAUUCCUGAAGGAAUAGAUACAAUGGGCGAAAUACAAUUGAUCAACAUGCUCAGGGACCAUCUACAACAAAAGAGGUAUGUUAUUGUGUUUGAUGAUGUAUGGAGCAUAAAUGCUUCGGUAGUAGUUAAAUUUGCAUUACCCGAUUGUUGUUGUGGGAGUAGGAUCGUUUUCACAACACAAAUAGGUGAUGUAGCUACAUCUACAGAAACAACUAGUCAUGUUUACCAGCUCCAACCUCUACCGGAGGAAGAGGCUUGGAUGCCCUUUUCAAUUGUAGCAAUAGGUUGCCUUUUGCCUAGGAAGAAUAAACAUUUGUUGGAACAGAAGAAAGUUCGUGACAACCUUUCUGUAGAGGUCAAAAGAAAUUCCAGUCUUGAAAGAAUACUAAUGCUUAGCUACAUUGACUUACCAUACCACCUCAAAUAUUGCUUCUCGUAUUUGAAUGCUUUCCCGGAGGAUUGUUUGAUCAGAAAGACGAAACUUACCCAACUAUGGGUGGUCAAAAGAUUUGUAGAAGAGAUACCAGUACACACCACAGAAGAGGCUACAGAGAAGUACCUAAACGAGCUUGUCAGUAGAAGUACGGUUCAAGUAGUAGAAAAGGAUUACUCCAAUCGAGAUAGGACUUGUCGUGUACAUGAUAUUAUCAGAGACAUUAUCCAGUCGAAAUCUAGGGAUGAAUCAUUGCUUAUGAUAUUGAAUGAUAUGAGGAUGUCAUUGGAUGAGAAGAUUCAACGAAUGUUAAUCCAUGAUAGUUGUAAGGAGCUCCCAUUAACCAUGAGAUUCACUAGCCUCAGAUCUCUUUUGGUGUUAGUGUCAAUCGAUACUUCAAAGUCUUGA